UACUAUGUAUGUAUAAGAACAUACCGGAAAAGAGAAAUCUUGUGUUUCGCAAGCUAGGGAUUUUGUUGAGGGGGAACUCAAGGAUGUGCUUUUCUGCAUUUCCAUCCAUUGAAACAGAGGUUGUUUUUAGAGAUACUUUGAACACACCAGUAGUUAUGUCAUCGAAUCGAAAAAUUGCUUUCAUGUUUUUAACGCUGGGUUCUCUACCGUUUAAAAAAUUAUGGGAUAACUUCUUCCAAGGUCAUGAAGGGAAGUUAUCCAUUUAUGUGCACGAGUAUCGGACCAAACCAAUUCAUGUGAGCCGUAACUUUGUUGAUGGUUGAUGCAGAGCGACGACUCCUGGCAAAUGCACUACAAAAUCAUCAUAACGAGCACUUUGUUUUAC